AUGACGGUUCCCAAGGUCCUCGUAUGUCGCUCUAUGCCGACCGAAAUGCUCAAACGAGCAGAAGCAGCAGGCAAGGUGGAGCUGAUCGCACGACCAGAAGAGGAAGGCGAGCAGGCACCAUCGCGCAAAUGGGUGCUGUCCAACUUGAAAGGGGUUGAUGGGGCCGUCAUCUGUCUCACGGAACGAGUGGAUGAAGAGUUCCUGGACGCAGCAGGUCCUUCUUUGAGGGUGAUCAGCACGAUGAGCGUGGGAUACGACCACAUCGACCUCGCUCUCGUCAAGAAGCGCGGCGUUCGUGUUGGCAACACACCGCGGGUACUCGACGAUGCAGUUGCGGAACUCUGCCUUCUCCUAGCAUUGAUGGUGACACGGCAAGUACCAAUCGCAACAAGAACGGUUCGAGAAGGUCAAUGGCCCAACUUCCCUUGGACACCAACCUGCUUCAUGGGCCCGAGCAUCAGCGGCAAGACGAUUGGCUUUCUUGGCUUCGGCAACAUUUCUCAGUCGCUCAGCAACCUGCUUGUCCCAUUCAAGCCUGCAAAGAUCCAGUACACGACGAGCACAGCGAGGAAGUUUGACAGGGAUGACAAGUACUUUGCUUCGCUGAUGCGAGGAGGGUUCCCAGUUGACAGGAUUGCUAUGGAGAACCAGCCUGAUCUGAUGGAGUUGGCAAGGUCGUCCGAUCUGGUAUUCGUGCUGGUUGACCUCAACCCGAGUACCCAGCACAUUGUCAACAAGCAGUUCCUGCAAGCUAUGAAGAAGUCGGCCUACAUUAUCAACGCUUCACGAGGUGGAACUGUCGACACAGAAGCACUCGUUGAAGCCCUUCGCAACGACACCAUUGCCGGAGCAGGUCUAGAUGUCAUCGAAGGCGAACCGGUUAUUCAUGCCGAUCAUCCACUGCUUGCUCCUGAUUGCAGAGACAAAGUGGCACUGCUGCCACACAUUGGCAGCGGUACUACCGAAACGAGAACAGCCAUGGCUGAUAUGACGAUGAACAAUUUGCUUGGCGCUCUAGGCUUGCGAGAAGAAGCUGGGAAAGAAGCCGAGAUGGAGGCCGAGCUCUAA